AUGGUAAGUUACAUUCAAGGAUCAAACGCAAAUAUUAACUUAUAUUUUGUUUUAGAUUUUUCAGAUGAAUUUCAUCGAAAUAGUUCUUCAAGUGGAUGUGAUCCAAAUGACUUUUGUAGUGGAUCUCAUCCAAUGGUAAAUUUUUCGAAUGGAUCUUAUCGAAAUGGUUCUUCAAGUGGAUGUGAUUUAAAUGAUCCAAAUGGUAAAUUACGUUAG